CGGAGGUACCUGCCUUGUCUUGUGCCCCGUUUAUUUCCCGAAGAGUCCUGUCUGGCCCCGUUCCUAUUCAUUCAUGGGAUGUAGCGUAUUUCGUCAGAUUGUCAGAUUUUCUCAUCAGUUGCUGUCCGCAGUAAGAAAACUAAAAUAAGCGAGUUCAGGAGCAUGCAUAAUCCAGGUCACCGUUCUUAAGAUUAACUGGAAGGAGGUGAGGAUGAUCGGAGGCAGGCAACGGGAAUCCUUAAAUUAAGCGUUACUCAGACUUUGCCCCUCUGCAGCAGUCGUCCUUCUGGGGGCGAGGUCCUAUUUUCUCUAUUGCAUAAUCUACUAUACCCGGCCUCUCCAGGCUCAUUCUUAUUCGCACAUACAACCUUCAACAGUCACACAUGACUUUUAAUCGGCCUCAAUUUUACAAUGAUGCCAGGAAAUAUCUCCAGAUUGUCGUCCGCAGGGAACGGGAAGCUGCUAGGCUUCCUGCUCGGUGCAUCGUCGUCCUUUUUCAUCUUUUUAAUUUUCAGCAGCAUGACGACCCCGGCAGAUAAAAGUUUUCGCUCCCGACAAAACAGCCGAUCGCAGCGACCGGCUUCAAAAACCGACGGCAUCUGCGAAGCAGCAUCCAACCGAACACUCGGCCUCGAUUCCAUCUUUUUCAUCAAUCUCCCGCACCGCCACGACCGCUUCGACGCCAUGGCGAUUCAAUCCCACAUCGCCGACAUCCAAGUCACACGUUUCGCUGCCGUGGACACCUCCACUCUCACCAACCAGGGUAUGCCGCCGAUGCAGAAGACGGACUUUUUGCCCAGCGAAAAGGGUUGCUUUCGCGCUCACGCCAACGUUUGGCAACACAUGCUGGAGAACAAGAUCCCCGCCUCACUCGUACUCGAGUCGGACGCAGGCUUCGAUGCCAAGUUGAGGCCCAUCAUGGGCAGGCUCAAUACGGCUUUCCGAGAGUUGCUGAAAAAGGACAACCCCGGCGUCGCCUUUGACGAGACCAACACGGACGACCCAUGGUUAGCCCGCUCCGACACGUGGGACUAUCUCUCGAUUGGCCACUGUCUUGAUACGCGUCUCAAAAAUGGCAGCUAUGUCGUCUAUCACGAUCCCGAUUCUUCCGCUAAAGGCUUUGAUGUCGACGACAUUGAACCCUCGCUCCCGCGCGCACACAAACGCGUCGUCUACCGGGCAGACUCCAUCAUCUGCUUGGCCGGGUACAUACUCUCGCUGUCAGGCGCGGCGCGGCUCCUGGUGCGCAGCAGUCUGAACCUCGACGCACCCAUCGAUGUCUUGAUGGCCGAUAUGAUCCGGGCCGGCCAGCUGAGGACAUAUAGCCAGAGACAGAUAAUUAUACUGUCGUGGACGUUCAUCCCUGGUAUUGGAAAAUCUGGAUCCAACAGCGAUAUACAUGGCAACGAUGAGGCGGAGGGCGGAACGGAAGCGGGCUGGGACCGGGUUAAGAAAGAAAAGUCAGCCGUCGAGCUCAAACCGAUCACAGACUUGGUUGACUUUGCUCUGGGCAGGGCCUGGCAUCAUGUGAUUGGUAGUGGGUGAGAGGAAAGUGUAAAAUACGUAUUAGAUCUCUUAGUUCACUUCUAUGUAUAUAUCUACAUUCAACUCUGUUUACAGGUGCA